UUGGGUUGGGUGGUUCUCAUUCUACACAUCUCAUCUAUCUCAUCUAUCACACUGACACGCGCAUCUACGGUAACGUCUCCAAGACAGAAGAAAGACAAGAUGUAUACCCUCACACUCCUCCUCAUCAUCUUCUCCCUCCUUACCUCCACCACCGCAAUCUGGCAACCCGCCGUGGGGACAACCUGGCAAAUCAUCCUGACCGAGCCCCUCUCCCCCCACGCCAUCAAGCCCGAUUACCUCGUCUACGACAUCGACCUCUUCAUCAACAACAAAUCCACCAUCGAUCGUCUCCACACCCUCAACCACAAAGCCAUCUGCUAUCUCUCCGCCGGAAGCUUCGAACGAAACCGUCCAGACAGCGACCAGUUCCUCGACUCGGACAAGGGCAACCCGCUCGACGACUGGCGCAACGAGCGAUGGCUAGAUAUCCGGUCCGCGAACGUGCGUCGGAUCAUGAGCGCUCGAUUGGAUCGCGCGGCGGCGAUGGGCUGCGACGGGGUGGAUCCGGAUAAUGUGGAUGGGUAUGCGGCGGAAAGUGGGUUUGAGUUGAGUAAGGAGAAUGCGGUCGAGUAUGUGAAUUGGUUGGCGGGGGAGGCGCACACUCGCGGGUUGGCGAUCGGGUUGAAGAAUGCCAAUGGGAUGAUUCGCCAGGUGUUGAGGAAUAUGCAGUGGUCUGUGAACGAGGAGUGUGCCAGGUUGGCCGAGUGUGGGGCCUACACGGCGUUUGGGAAGGCGGGGAAGCCCGUUUUUCAUAUUGAGUAUCCCAAGGGGAGUAGUAGUGAUCAGAGUCCCGUGGGGGAGGAGGAGAGGAGAGAGGCGUGUGUGUUUCGUGAUUCGAGGCUGUUUUCGACUGUCAUGAAGAAUCUGGUUCUGGAUAGUUGGAUUCAGGGGUGUUAGGGGGUUGGGUUGGGGAGUUCGUCUGGUUGUUGAUGUUGUACUUGCUGGGCAUGGUCAGGAUAGAGCUGGCUAGUUGAUGAGAGGUGCU